AUGGUAAGAAUUAAGAUGAAGGCCACCGGCGGACCGUUCAUGUGGAAGAAACUAGGGCUGCCGAGACCCAUCCCCUCCGACAGUGAUGACGAAGCGCGGGACACCCCUCCACCAGCCACCACCAGCACUGAAACACCACCGGCCACUGGAACAGAGACAGGACGCACCGACUCACCGGCUGUCCAGACAUAUGACCGGCAAAGGAAACGGCCAAGAACGCCGACACCACCUCCACCGUCCACAUCCCCAAUAACCCCGACGGCGAACCCUAAGGGCGAAACGCCACCAGAGGCCACCACUUCCUCCGGCCACGGCCAGAAACGGCCAAGAACUCAGUCGCCACCUCCACCGCCGAGAUCAGAGCCAGAACCAGAAACCACCAUUGCCACACAUCCUGCAGGUCAUGAGGAAGGCGAUGCAACCACUGAUGUGCCCAGCAAUUUGCCCACUGAUGCGCCCACUAGUACGCCCAGUAAUUUCACCAGCAAUGUGCCAAGCGCUAUGCCCAGCGAUGUGCCCACUAAUGCGCCCACGGACUUGCCAAGUGAUACAGAUAGCGAUUUGCCCAGAAGCUUUGAUGACAGGAAGAGCACAAGUAGAUAUGCAUUCUUCCUUGGAACAAAGAAAAUCUCAUGGUCAUUAAGAAAGCAGAAGACAGUGGCUUUAUCAUCAACUGAAACCGAAUUGAUAGCAACGACAAGCGUCAAAAAAAAUCUAGUCUUACACAACAGAAUGCAGCACAUUGAGUUACAACAUCACUUCAUUAGAGAGCUCGUUGAUAAAAGAGAAAUUUCAAUGCAUUUUUGCAAGACCGACGUGCAAGUUGCAGAUAUCUUCACUAAGGCGACCUCCAUGGAGAAGUUCAUCUUCUUUCGGGAUCUACUUAGAGUUAAAGAUUUUACUAGCUCGAAGAGUAGUGUUCAAUACCAAUAUGGAAAAACAAAUAUGUGA